CAGUGUGGACGGAUGGAUGUCUGGACCAAUCAGCGUUCAGAAGGAUCCGGCAGCAACCAAUCAGAUCAGCCUCUUUUACAAACACGCUGCACGAGACAGUUGCGCAGCUUGGACUGUUGUCAGUGCAGACGGGGAGAAAAGUAAGAAACUAACGCCAAAAAAAACUAAAAACGUAGAAAGAAAUGUGAUUUUUUUUUUUAUUCUUGAAGCUCAUUCAGUUUGUUUGAAAGCUGUGAGUCGAGAACAGUCAGAAAAGAGGCGACAUGAAACCCGUUCGCGGGUUCGGAUCAUCGCUCCGGAGGGACUGAAUGAUUGUGGUCGGACAGGCUGAGCUGACGGACAGCGACGGGAUGCGAACCCAAAGCCCGCAGAGAGACGUGGGGAUGUCGGGCAGGAGCGGAGCUGCAGGAGCCCCCCGGGGCUGCAGCAACCCCAGUCUGCAGCCCCUCAGAGCCACGGUCCCGUACCAGCUUCACAGGGGCUCAGGUCCGGUCUGCAGGGAGCUCAGGACGGCGGACAGAACAGCAGCUCGCCCACCUAGACCCACCAUCCGUAGGACCCUGUCCUUGGACACGAUCGUGGGACCCUACCUGCAGGGUCAGUGGCCCAAAGAGACGGAGGGCGCCACGGCUGCAUGCGGCAACGACAAAGCCACGCAGACGCCCAGUUCCUGGACAGAGGAGACCCGUGGACGCAGAAGUGUCGGUGGCCACAAGCGCUCGGCGUCUUGGGGCAGUGCAGAGCACAUGAAGGAGGUGGCCAAGCUGAGGCACCAGCUGCAGAAACGUUCUCGAAACGCUCCUCCCUCAACAGGAAGUGAGGCCCACCACCACCACCCGCCAGCAGGACACGCAGCCGGCAUCACACAGACGUUACCCAUGAUGCCUCUGAACAGACUGGCCCCGAGGCUACGACGGAGRGUUGAGGGUCUCAGUUUGGAGCUGGAGGAAGUGUUUGUGUCUGAGAAACCAGACGAUCAGCACGAGAUUUUAGACAUCCCAGACGGCCGCAGGGCUCCCGUCCCCCUUCAGAGGUGCAGCAGUGGCUCUCAGAGCGAGCCCUCACCGGGACCCUUGGACCCUUCUCUCCUCUCUCCCUCUCAGUCUCCUUGCCCUCUCGACUCGUCGCUCGCGUCUCCUUCGAGUUCCCCUCUUCCUCUGAGUUCGUCGCUCCUGUCUCCCUCUCAGUCGCCCUGUCCCAUGGGAGAGGCAGAACUCGUGGACUGCGAGACUUUGUGCCGGUCUCCAACAACGUCCCUCCCGUCAUUUGCGCUGGAACUUCCUCUGAUGCAGCCCUGCUCGUCCUCCCCUCGUCCCAACAAAACCUUCUCCUUCCAGCGCGAGCCGCCAGAAGGCUGCGAGCGCAUCCAGGUCUGCGAGGAAACCAUGUCUGCGUGUCAGGAUGAACAUCCCCUGCAGCCGUCCUGCCCAGACCCAAAUAAGGUCAACUUUACCCCACAUGGAGGCUCUGCUUUCUGCCCCGUCAGCCUCCUGAAACCUCUGCUGCCCUCCAUGGACCUCCUCUUCCGGGGCCUGUCAGUGUCGCCCGUCACCGGCUGCUCCGAUCAGGCCUCUCCUUCCAGGCACCUGGGCAUGCAGUAGGUUGAUGUCAGAGCCGUGCUGCCAGGACCUGCAAGACUUGGGAUAUUUUUUUUUCUAUAAAAUGACAAUGAACAGUGCCUGUGAUAACAGYUGUCUCUGGGUUAAAAUCUGUCUUCAGGAUGAUUUGAUGCAACUCAUUUAAACUUCAUCAGCACUUAUUCUGUGCCACUGUCCCCCAGUAUGAGUCAUAGACUGAAGAAUACAGAAAGUGUUGGAAUAACUAAGUUGACUUUUUUGUAACAAAGACACCAUUGUUGUAGCUUUAUACAAGUCAUCAGUCUGACAAAAAGUGCUAUCAUUAUCAAUCAGAUUUAGCCUAAUGUUAGAGGCUUAAGACAUUAGAAAAAUAAAGUUAAUGUUAUAUUUCUUUUUAAAUCUGUUCAUUGAAAAGUUAUAUUUUGGCAACUAGUUUGUGGUACUCAAAUUUCCUACAAAUGUUAGGCAGAUAUUUAUUUUUGUAAUAUUGUAUGGAGUUGCUGUUAUAUUUCCAAAACAAGCAAUCUUUUGGGUUGCAGUAAAGCUUUACUUGCAUAUAAUAACAAUGACAACUAAGCUGUUUUCUAAAUUUUUACGUGGGUCACUCCAGUAAUUAUUAUUAUUUGUGUGUGUGUGUGUGUGUGUGUUUUACACUCUGGUUCAGAUUACAAAGUGUUACUCAAAUCUGUUUUUGUUAUCAUUAAAAAUGCAUAGAAUACAAAA